AAAGCCAAAGCCAUUGCCCAUGCCAAAGCUGAGCCCAAAGCCACAGAGAAAGGUAAAGGCAAAGACAUGAGACGCAAAAAGCCGCGCAAGCGCCAAGCAAGCAUUUCAGAUUGCUCAUCUGUGGACUCAUCUCCAUCAUCGGCCAAAAAGCCAAAGUCCAGCAAUGCCAAGGUGCACGUCAAGGUGCCCUUUCAGCAGAACGGCACCAAGCCGCGUUCUUGGCUCAACACAUCACGCGUGCACACACCGCCGCCAAGCCUGAAGAAAUCACCCAAAAGAAUCAAGCCAUUGAAAGCUAGCAAAGCGAUGAUCAAUAAGUAUGGAUCGCGUUUCUUUAAUUGCUAUGUAAAGAUGAAGCGUUUGAAGGAUCCGGGCGUGAGUACAUCCAAGCGGGCUAAGCGCAAGUCAAAGUCGAACCUAUCCGUCUCAUUUAGUGAGGCCGUCGAAAUACUGGGCAGCAAGCCGCGCAAGUCUUCGUCCAUUGCGGGCGCGCUCAAGCAAACCACAAAGCUGAAUAGUUCGGUGCCAACGCGUUUGCAGCGUGUCGAUGCCACUGGCAAUGUGCUCGAGGACAUCGAACUGAAGCCGGAUACGGUAUUGAAAUCGUCGAAUAGCUCCGGUGGCCAAAGGAAGCGCGGCCGUCAGCCCGCUUGCAAUGGUGGGAAGCGUAGCGGCAACAAACUGAAGCGUCCAGCUGUGCAUGUGCCAGUCACUGACUUGGCUAGCCUGCGUAUCGAUGACAGCCAAGAUGAGGAGGAGGAGGAGCCAGUAGACAACGAGGCUGGCGAAGAAUAUAUUGUGCCCAACGAUAUGCACACUUGUAAAACAUCGGGCGUGCGCCGCUCUUACACCCCGACGCCGCAGAAGAGAGUGGCCGUGGUAACAACCACAGUUAGUGAUGUGGAGGAUGUGGAUGAAGGGCAGCCGCAGUGUAAAAUGAAGAAGACGACGGCUGCACCGGAAAAUAAGAAGAAUAAGAAAGAGAAAAAGGACGAGCAAAACAAUUGGGAUGAAAUUAAAGUUUUGGAUGAAACAGAUACGGAACUGGAAUCGGAACAACCAAGCCCAGAGAAGCCACAGAAGGCGAAGCAGCGCGAGCAGAGCGAUUCAUCAAACAGUUCGCCUCUGCUCACAGUGCUAACAGAUGAUGUUACCACAGAUGACAUAUUGGAGAUUCAAGCAUCUAUGGAGGAUGUGCGUGAGCUGCACACACCGCCAUCUAGACAGGAUACGCCGCUGCUGUCGCUGGCAUCGUCGGCUACUACCAAUCGUGACCAGCGCUCCGAGUCGCCGGAGUCAGAGAUAAGCUUUAAGUCGGCCGAUGAUCUAGAGAGCAGCGUUGCCAUCGAACAGGCAUCAUCGCCAGGGCGGCGGGCUAGUGCAUCCGGCUCAUUUGUCGACGACCAGCCGACACGCGGUGAGAAUCACCAGUCCAUGUACGCGCCGAUUAUCGAUAUGCCGAAUCUAGAUGAUGAUCUCGGUCCUAUUAUAGAGCCCAAUUUUCAAAUGGCCAACAGCCUCAAUUCAAAUUCUAGACUUACAAUGGAGGAUAUUUUGACAGUGUUCGAGACUUAGGCAAACACAACGAGAUGAACGCGUCGCGUAACAGAUACAAUUUGUGAAUCGUCCCAGCUGUGGAUGUUGUGAAAUCUAAAUGGAGAAGUUGAAGCAAUGAA